AUGAGCACACCCAAACCAGCAAAUGGGGCCGGCGCCAGGGUUCCAGAGCAUAUGAGCGACGCGCACGUCAUGGACUAUACAAUUCUGAACUGCGGUCACCCAAUCGUUUCAAAGCACGAGGUCGUGAUCGGCGACCUGCCGGUCUAUGUGCAUGGUCUAGACGGGAUCCAAGGCACUGAGACUGUCCAGUUCAUUGCCCAUGGGUGGGCCAACCAGGCCAAGACGAUGGAUCACAUGGCAUCCGGCUUGAUUGGCGAGAUUCACCGCAUGGAGGCUGCCAGUGGGAAACCGAGGGUGCGCGACGUGCUCGUUGUCACACUUGACCAACGAAACCACGGCGAGCGCGUGCGCGUGAAGGUUACAAACUUUGAUAUUGAGCCCACGCGCCUUAUCACUAUGGCCACGAUCGUCACUGGUGGCAAGGUUGAUCACCAGUAUGCGAUGGACUUUCUCCCUGCCGUCCUCUUCCCCGACGGCGAGCGCGAGAUCGUCGAGUUUAUGUCUGUUGGCAUUUCGAUGGGUGGCCACGUCACUUGGUGGCUCCUCCGUGAAGACCCCCGCAUCAAGAUUGGCGUCCCGAUGAUUACCCUCCCCUCCGAGGCCCUUGGCGGGCUCCUCACCGCCCGGGUUGCCAAGCUCAAGGCUCAAGGCAUCAACACGUACAUGCCCGAGUCCAUCAAACAGGGAUUCUACAACCCCACGACCCAGCAGUACAAGGGCAAGAAGAUUCUGUCCGUCCACGGCAAGCUCGACAAGUUGAUACCACUUCGCUUUGCACAGCCAAAGCUGGACGAGAUUCUGGCGCAGGACUCCAGCGGCAAGGAUAUUCAGCAGCACAUACAAGAGGGAAAGGGACACGCAGUGUCCCCCGAGAUGGUGUCCAAGGCCGCCGAAUGGGUUUACAUCCAUGGCUUUUGCAGUUGA